GCACAUGGUUGAAAAGAGAAUUGAAAGAGCAUUCUAAUGGCGUAGGGGAGAACGGCGUACGUUGAAUAUUGAUCGAUAUUCAUGUACGUAUAUCCAUAUUCAAAAAUGUACGAUAAUUUAUAAUUUCGGCCGGAGAAGCGUGGCCCAUGCUAUGAUAUUUUUUUUUGUUCAGUCCGUCGAACCUAUCAACUACAGAAAACGAUCUUGCGAAAAUGAUCUCUUGAAAAUGAUCUCUUGAAAAGAAUGAUAUCACCGUUGGGCUUCUGAAAUCUACAAUCAUGCUAUCGAUCGGGAACUUGACAGCGUCUCCGGGUCAAAAAGUGUCGGGCAAUGUUCCGAUACAACGAUCACCGUCGGCAACAGGUGGCGCGACGAAUAGCAGCAACAACGCCACGACGCCACCGACAACGGCCCAAGGCGAGAGCGAGAACAACAGCAUUUCUUUGUUCAUUCCAAUGACGAUCGUGAGGGGAUUGAAUGACGGUCCGACGCUCGUGGUGCUGAGCGGCGUCCAUGGUUCCGAAUAUGUCCCCAUUCGAGCGACACAAAAACUCGCAAGGGAACUGGAUCCGUCCGCCAUCAGAGGCACUUUAGUCCUGGUUCAUAUUGUGAACCUACCGGCCUACUUGGGACGAACGGUCUACACCAGUCCAAACGACGGAAAGAAUCUCAAUCGGGUGUUUCCGGGAAGUGCGGACGGAAGCCCCACCGAACGAAUCGCGGAUUUUCUCGUGAAUGAAAUCUAUCCCCUGGCCGAUGGUCUGCUGGACAUGCAUUCCGGGGAUGCCAACGAGCAGCUGGGCCCAUCCUACACCGCUUACUACGGGAAGGCGGGUUCGGAAGACAUCAUACAGAAGUCAAAAGAUAUGGCCUUUUCCUUUGGCCUGGGCCUGGUGGUGGAGUUUCAGUGGGAGUUGCAGGGGAACAGUAGCAAGGUCAGCACAUUUUCGGGAGCCAUCUGGGCCGGUUCGGCGGCCGUCGUUCGUGGCAUCCCCUCCAUCGACGUGGAAGUAGCGCCGGGAAUGGGAGCCGCUCCGUCCGGAUCUAUCAAUGAUGUUUACCAAGGUGUACAAAAUGUCAUGGGGCAUCUUGGAAUGUUUUUGGAGGAGAACGCAACAACCUCGAAUGACACCGUGGAAGAUGAUCACCCAUGCCUCGUCACGAACAGGCGCUUCAUCGAUGCACCGACCGAGGGGAGUUGGGUUGCGUUGGUGAACACAGGAAGCUUUGUGAAAGAAGGCACGCUUUUGGGAACAAUCACUGACUUUUCCGGGCGUAAUACCAUCUUCGAGGCGAAGGCGCCGUGCGACGGGCUGCUCUUGAUUCGAUUCGAAACUCCACCCGUCCUUGCCGGAGAUACGGUGGCCGUCAUUGCUGUCCUGGACGGGGAUUCUUGUGACCAACUCAGAUCAGGCGGCCAAUUUCGAUUGGAUCCAUCCAAGGUCGGAGCCCUUGUGCUCUGGCAGUGGAGUGCCGCCAUUGGGUGGCUGGUGGCAUUAGGACUUAGCAUCAUUUUCAGGAGGAGUCGACGAAACGGAUUAUACCGGGAACAACCUGCUCACCAGGCAGUGCCAGUGGAGGAUGGUUCCAUGACAUGAUCUUGAAUGGCUGGAGUGGUCCUCCAAGUUCUCCUGAUAGAUCUCGGAUUUGGCGUAAAGUUUGCACGAAAUAACGUGCACUUUGUAGUAGUAGUAUUCUUUAGUAGUGUUUAUUAGAUUGCUCUAAUUAGGAUUGUGAGACUAACUAAUGGGUCAUUCCCGAUAACAUUUAUCUGUGUAAAUUUUGGCACGCCCGGCUCGCAUUAUGACCCAAAAUACAUAAAAGUUGGUUGUAGUGAUCCCCCGGCAACCAAGAAAUAUGUAAUUUACAU